AUGAGCAGGUAUCGUGUUCAUCACUUUCAGCGACGAUGGCAAGUUCCGGACGCGCUAUCCGUUUUGAUGCUGAUGGGUAUUGCUUCUUGUGUUGUGGCACUCAGCAAGAAUGACGUCACUGUAUCACCAAUGCAAACCGAAAAUACCAGUGGGUCGUCGUCACUUUCAGUGCAGCAGGAAGUACCAAAGCUUGAUAUUAUCGACAACGAUGACCAACAACAGGUAUCCGGUCCCAAGAUUUUCCCAUAUCCGGCGGUGGGUUUGCUGCGUUGGAACGAAAACGUCACGUGCACAUCCACACUUGUCGCUUCCAACAUUAUCUUGACGGCAGCAGAAUGCGUCCUCGACUUGAAUGGAAAACUGCACGACACAUCCGAGGAUUCAUCUUCGUUCAGUCUUCCUCAACGAGCUGACAUUAAGCCGGCGUUUGUCACUCAAGUACACAAGCAGUCAGAUUACUGGACCGAGUGGAUCCAGAACACGUACGUACUAGUUGAGCUAGACGUCGAUCUAGGUACAACUGUCGGCGCAAUUCAACUGUCGACAGCAGAGUCCUUUUUAGAUGACGCCUCUUUAAAUGUGCAGCUGGUUCACUUUGGGAAAAACGAAGAUGAUGGCGAAUGUUUACAAGCAUGCAAGAUCCACUUACCCAGUGAGUCUGACGAACCAGAAUAUAUGGUGCAUCAUGACUGCAACGUAUCAGUAAAGCGUUCUUUGGGCGCGCCAAUGCUAGUACGCUCCACAAAUCUUGAUACCUACAUUGUUGGAAUCCACACGAACGCGAUCAGUCACAACGCAAGAAAAGACACUAGCACCAAAACUUACUCGUCAACAAAUUACACACUCGCCAAUCGAGGUGUCCUAGGAUCGUUUAUCCAGCCCCACUUGUCAUUCUUGCUGCAGCUGACACAAUCUUCUUCAUCUUUAUCAGACGUGUCUACCUCUCUUGAGGAUAGUGAGAUAUCUAAUAAUGAGGCAUCAAUUUCGUCCAGCAGCAGCUCCAUUGCUUACACGUCAAACCGCCAGCCUACUUACCAAGGGCAUCAAAACAACCAAACCGAUGCAAUAGCAAGCACAGCCUUAACUGCAUCAUCUGCUGCCUCUUCGUUGACGGACACGCCGGCAGGAGCCACACAUAUCGAUUCCGCGGCAGCUGUUGCAUAUUCUUGUAUUGGACUGGUGGGUGCUUCCUGGCUCGCCAUUAUAUUUGUCGCUGCUCGCAGACUCCACUCCAACCGCUGA